CGCUGACGUAAUUUAGAUAGUGAAAAAACUGCUUUCUAGCGUGUGUCUCAUAACUAGUGUUGUUUUAAUCGUCAACAUGAAACUGUUCAAAAAUAUCAUUACUUUUACAAUUUCCCUGUUAUAUAGUGUCAAUUGUGUAUCAGCAAUAUUCUGCUAUGAUUGCAACAGUGCCUUCGAUCCCCGGUGUGGGGAAAAUUUUGACCACUUCAGUUUGGGAGUCGUCAAUUGCUCCCUUAAAGAUCCCCUGGAUCAUAUUCCCCCUGUUGAUUCUACCUUUUGUCGGAUCAUAAAAAUGGAAAUUUAUGGUAAAGUCCGAAUUGUACGAAAAUGCGGAUACCUUAAAGACGAAUACAAGAUGAACGGAUGCAAAAAACAAACGGGCACGGGCGAGCUUUUCGUCACAUAUUGUUCAUGCAAUACAGAUCUUUGCAACAGUGCUACGGGAAAUAGCCACGAGAUGGCGCUUAUAUCAAUUGUUGUUAUUUUUAGCAUUUUUACUGUUGUUAGAAAUUUUAUAUAAAGUUUUCAUCAUUUUUAGGCCAAAUAAAGAAUGCUAGUCAUAGACAAUAUUCUUGUGUGAUAUAUUGUUAUUGGAACAACUGCCAAGUUAUUCUAAUGUAUUUUUAGUACUGUUAUGUAGCUAAUAAAGUAUUAAAUAAAAUUAAUUGUUUGUGUUAUAAAAAUAUAUGACAUUAAUAAUAAUUGAGUACGAUUUAAAAUAUAAUAGUCUAAUAAUGCG